AUAUGAAUUUUGAAAACGAGGAUCGUCUGCAGUUCGAGCAACUAACCGGAGGCAGUAUAAUUGAAAAGCCACCACUUUAUGGCAAUACUGGAGAGCAUUUACUCUUCCUAUCGGGCAAAUACGUAAAUGUCUAUUCCACAGUUACGGGGCAAUUGGUACGCAAGCUGGAAGGUGCCACAACCACACUAGCCGAUUAUUGUUAUGAAUUGGAUAAUGAAGAAAUUCUGAUUGCCUGCAGUCAAUCGGGCGAAAUAUUAACAUGGGAAUGGAAAACUGGUGAACUGAAAAGUACAGUGCAAAUGACAUUGGACGCUGAUGGCGUGUCAGUGGUUACAAAUUUUCAAAUUCUAAAUUUAUGGGGUAAUUCGAAAUUGUCUUACGCAUUUAUGUGCAUGAGAGCGCCAAAGGCAAAUGUCCAUUGGCGUAUGGUCGAUCGGGUCGAUGGUAAAUUUAUACCCGUGCCAAUGAAUGUCAAUUUAGGUGCGAAAAAACCUCUAAUGGCUGUGGAUAGUAAGAAUUUUCCAAAUUUGGUCAUAGCCCAGGGUUAUUAUGUUUAUUUUAUCAACUAUAAGAAUUGGUCGUAUAAGAGAUUCAAAAAUGCCCAUAAAGUUCCUAUUACCGUCCUUCAAAAACAUCCCUCGGAAGAAUGUUUUGCCACUGGUGAUGAAACGGGUAAAGUUUUUCUAUGGCGAGAAUUUACCAGCCAGCAUGAUAUUAAAACUUCCCUUUACCAUUGGCAUCACACCCGUGUGACUAGCAUACAUUUUACAGUAUCGGGAGCAAAUUUUUACAGCAGUGGCGAGGAAGCUGUCCUUGUCAAAUGGAAUGUACAAAACCCAGAAUAUCGUCAAUUUCUGCCACGAAUGGCAUCUAAAAUUCAACAUCUUGUUGUUAGUCCAGAUAAUGCACAAAUUGCCGUCUGCACCGUGGAUAAUGGUGUACAAUUUGUUGGCACUGAAAAUAAGAUUUUGAGUAAUCUGCAAGAGUUCACAUACAUUGUGGAUGAUAAAACGGGAAAUAGUAAAUUUCCGGUGGGUUUGCGUUUAAAUCCUCGUACAAAUACUUUGGUAUUGAAUGGUCGGACGGGGUCAUUGCAGUUCUACAAUACCUACACAAAGAGUUUUCUUUAUAAUUUAAAUAUUGUCAAUCAAAAUCUCUUGUCCACCGAAAGUGAUCGUAUACUCUAUGAUAUACGUGUUACAAAGGCCGCAUUCAACAUUGAUUGGUUGGCCACGGGUGAAGUAUUCAAUGACAAUGAACAUUUGCCCGAGUUGCGUUUGAAAUUCUGGAAAUAUCAAGAGGAAACACAACGUUACACUCUAAACACCAACAUUGAAUUACCCCAUGAGGGUGGUUUUAAGGCCAUUGAAUUCUCCAAUGACUAUCAAGUGGAUAAUUUAUUGUGUGCCACAGUGGGUGAGGAUAAUGUCAUUAAAAUGUGGUGCUUAGAUGAUUCGGAUAGCAUUUACAAAGAAGGCAAAUCAUGGUUUUGUAUUGCCCAGACAUCGUAUAGAAAUCUUCCAGUGGAAUCAAUCUCCUUUUCCCAAGAUGGUUCCUUAUUGGCUGCCGGAUUUGGCAAUACCUUGUGUAUUUAUAAAUCAGAAGAUUUAAAAUUAAAAGCAGCACUAACCGGAGCCAAUGGUAUGGAUGGUUGUGUUACCAAAGCCCAAAUAAGAUUACCCACAAAAAAUGUCAAUGGCUCGAAAGUCGAUUUAAAAGAAAAACGUGAUAAAUUAAUGAAAUUAUUUGGUAAUUUAUUGGAAAUGAAUGAAGAGACUUUGAUCAAGGAAUUACAAAAAACUGUCGAAGACAAUCGCAAGUCAUCGAAAAAGGAAGAAACCCCAAAACCAGUUGGAAAAUUAGAUGAUAAACAAAAAAUGGCCCUGUAUUCGAGGAUAUUACAAAUGCAUGAAUUGAAUCUAUUCCAAAAGGUUAUGAUCUAUCAAAAGCUGGGUAUUGGUUGUAAGGUUCACCCCCAAAUGACCGCCAAGGUUAUUGACUAUUUACACAAUAGCAUAAAUCAACGUAGAAAGCAAAAACGUUUACAGUCACUGCAUGAAGAUUUACAUCGUUUGGCCAAAAGUGAUCGUUUCAAGGCUAAAUAUCGUUUGGAACAACACACCAAGCGACAAAGGAAUUAUGAUGUAUCGAUAACCAAUAAAUUGGUACCUCUUCUGAGUCUAUUAAAUCUGAAUCAAAAUGUUCAACCUCAGGGUAAAAAGGUUGUCGAAAAGGAACCGAUUAAAACUAAGGUCCUACCCGAACCACCAAAACCCACAAUUGCUGAAAUUAGGCAUGUGCAAUUUGCUGCCGGAGAAUAUGGUCAUUUGGUGGCCGUUUGUACUGAACGUCGUGUACUUAUAUGGAAUUUAUUGACGCUUCGUUUGCAGUCCGUAUUGAAGUUGAGUGCCAAGCAUGUUACAUUUGAUGCUCAGACAAAUCUAAUGGCCGUGGUAACCACCAAUGAUGAAUUACACAUUUUCCAACCCAAUGUUCCUUUGCCGAUUUAUCAGCGCCGCAAUAUGCCCCAGCUGUAUGGCAUGGCUUGGAUCCCCAGACGUUAUCCCAAACAGCGUUCCCUUAAUUUAGAUUGGCAGGCUCAAUCUACGCUGUACUUCUUAACUGAAGAUCAGAAAAUUAUUUAUUUGAAUUCACCCACGGAGAAACAUAUGGAUAUUCCACCACCAAUUGUUUUCAAUAAAGCUGCCGCAACAUCAGCUCAUUUCUCUACUUUUGGCAGUUAUGCUAUUAAAUCAAUUACAGAGACUCAAGGAUCUGGAAAUAGGCAAUCAGGUCCUUUGGUUUUGGGUAAUUCCGAUAAGACAGCUGUGAAAACGGUAAGUCAAUUAAAUACACUACUUUUUUCAAUUAUGUGGGAGGAAGUUAGCACGACGCUUUAA